AUGCAAAAAAAAAAUAUUCGAAAUAGAAAUAAUAUAAAGUCUUUCGACGAUUUCUAUGAAUUUCUUUUAACUAAUUAUGAUGUAGUUGAACAUAAUACACGUAGUUUUCAGUCUAAUCCAUCAUCAUAUCCAUCAAAUCAAAAUAAUUUUUCACAUAAUUCAAUCACACAUAAAAAUAUAUCUUUUGAAGAUCAACAAAAAACUACCACGAAUAAUUUUGAUCUAACUGAUAAUUUACCCCCACGUCCUAUAUUAAGAUCAACUGCAAUUGGUGAUAUUGGAGCCACCACAUUAUCUGGUGAUGAAUCCGGAAAUCGAUCAACCAUUACACCUACUUCUAACAUCUCCCACAAUACUUCUAACCUUGAUCAAACAACAUAUGUAAUUCAUAAAGCAAUUAUUGAUAAUUUAAUUAAAAAUCCUAAAACAUUCCAAGCAGGAAAAGAAGAUGUAAAGUUAUGGCUAGAGGACAUCGAACAACUAUUCGAUACUGCUCAAAUACCCGAUAGUCAUAAAUUAGACUUAAUUCCAUAUUCCUUACGAGGAGAAGCUCGUCGGUGGUACAAGAAUACCAAAGCUACAUUAACAUCGUAG